ACCUCGUGGUGGAGAAAAUAUCACGGCAAGUCAGUUUGUAAAAGCUCUUGAAGAAGGUCUUAAUGCCUCACCCUUGGUCGCCAAUUAUUUAACUUACACUGCCCUUCAACAACUUGGAAAGCUAUUCGAUAAGUCUAUUAAUCUUGACGAUCUAAAAGAACCUAAUAAGGUAGAACAUGAUGUAUCGUUAACUCGAAAAGAUUUUUACCUCGGUGAUAACAACAAAGUAGAUCCGGAAUUAGUUGAUUUAUUGCUCGAACAGAAUAUUGAUGGAAAAAUUAACGAGGAAGCAUUAUCGAAACUUCAUUGGAUACGAUUAAACAAUUCAAAAAAAUUUAAUCCGACUCUAUCGUAUGAUAUUUCACGAAAAUUUACUUCAGCAGGAGAAUCUUCUUUAUUAUUAAAUUUUGUUGGCAGUAAUACAAAUCUUGAGAUUGAUACUGAAAAAUUGGAAGUGUUUUUGAAGCAAGAAAGGUUUCCCGAAGGAUGGAGAAAGCCCAACAAGGCGGUUGGAGCUUGGUCACUCAUUACCGUUAUACGCUCAUUGCUUAAAAGAUAUGACCAAUUGGAGAAAGAACAGAAGGAACAAAAUGCUGGCUAA